UGUUACUGUCUUGUUUUGUGUGUACGCCGCGAAGCUAAAUUGUAAUAAUUUUCUAUUGAUUUUUCAAUGUAAUUACAACUUUCUUUCAUUAAUUUACUGUAAACAUUCCAUAAAAAUGAUGCAUUUGUACAAAUCAGUACUUUUUCUGUCUCUGACAUUUACAUCAAUGAAGACAGUUCAAUCAAUAAACUGCUAUCAAUGUUCGGGUACGGACUCUGAAAACCCUUUUGAGUGCAAUGAAUACUUUAAUAACGACAUAGAUAUAUUACCGAAGGACUGUUCCGAUAUUCAUGAUGCCCAGUAUUGUAUAAAACACGUCGGACGGUACGAAGUUGUAGCUAUAGAUUGCUAUCAGUGCAAUUCCUCAGCUACAAUGGAGUGUGGUGAUGCCCUCAUGCACCUGGACGGGGGAAGCCUGAAGCCUACUUCCUGUGAACAUGUCUUUAAUGCUCAAUUCUGCAUAAAACAUACAGGUGGCAUCAGCACAAAAAGAUAUUGUUCAUCUUUAGACCUGGGCAACUACUGCAACUAUGUGCAACAACCUGGAGACAAGCUCGAGUACAGGACUUGCAUAUACACGUGCAGUAGUGAUGGCUGCAAUGCUGCAACUGGCUUGACGAUAUCUAAUGCAGUGUCGACAAUACCUUUCCUAAUAGUCGCCCACAUACUGGGAUAUGUGUCAUUAUAAGAUUUUAGUAAGGGAAAGUUGCUUUAACUUCGAUAAUUUCGAAAUGCAUUCCGUGUCUGGAACCAAAUAACACAUCAUCACAAGUACUUAGCACUCCAUACAAGUGCAGAACUAAAAUUACCAAGUGUUCCUUUAUUAAUAGGUACCUUUAACUUAUCAUGAUCUAAGAGUAUUUUGUUUGCAUGGCUUCAUUGGCAGGGGUCUAAGGACCUGUUCACACCAACUGGCUUGGUACCGUGAAGGGGACGCGAUUCGUAGGUAUAAAUCCGAGCUCGCGCGGAGUUACAUAGGCCUGAUUCAACUUUUAACGCAAAAAGCGGUGUCUGUGAAAUAUCAAAAAUACUCCAAAUUUUUUCUUAAGUGUCCCAUGAUUGGUGUCGUUAACAUAAUCAUUCUAAUUAUUAGUAUAAUUACAUAAUGCCGUCCAAUCCGUCCAUUAUUGGGACAAUACAAUGUAUUAUCCCAAUGAAUCCCAAUACAAUGUAUUAUUUUAAUUUUUUACAUGCUUAAUAUUUUUGUGGUCUGCUGAAAAAGACAGUAGGUAAUCAAUAUGAACAAUCUCAAUCUCUACUGA